UCCAGGCUAUAGGUAAAGGGUAUUGUUUUGUCUCUUGAUGGGGUGUUUUAGUUUAUAAGUUUAUUUUGCGUCCCUGUGUUGCCGUUGUUGACCAUGACCCUCUCUUUUGAAGUUUAGCUGUAAUAUUUUAUAUAUAUUUUUGCAUACCCACAGUGGAAAAAAAAGGCCUUGGCUUGUUGGUGGUUGUGGUCUGAAUUUUUUGAGAUUAAUGGAUAAACAGAAGCUGGGUUCUUUUUCAUUUGAAGUAAAGUUUUGUUCUUUUGGAUAGAGAGUGUUCCUCUGGUCUUGUGCUUAUCAGUCUCAUUUUUGCUGAUUUGGGUUGACUUGUUCUUGAGAUUUUCAUUAGUGGGUUUAUGGUUUAAUUUUCUCAUCUGACUGCAAUCCUGGGAAUUUUUUGGGAUUUUGCUUUGUUUUGUAAGUUAAAUACCAAACAUAAGUAAAUACAGUUAAAAUUGUUGGAAAUUUUGGGGUUAAAUCUUGCCCCUUCGUUAGUCUUGGUUGGUGGGUCAAGAAGAUCAAGGAAAAUGAAAGGAAAAGCUGGGACUCCAGGGAAUUUCUUUGUGUUGAAUACUGGAGCUAAAAUUCCUGCCAUUGGGCUUGGAACAUGGCAGAGUGGAGGAGACCUCUGUGUUGAUGCUGUGAAGACAGCAUUGUCGGUUGGUUACCGCCAUAUAGAUUGUGCACAUCUCUAUGGAAAUGAGAUUGAAGUUGGGGAAGCAUUGGCUGAAGCCUUCAAAGGUUCUUUGAAAAGAGAGGAUGUUUUUUUGACCUCUAAGCUUUAUUGCACUAUGAAUUCACUGAAUAAGAUUGAGAAUUACGUUAGGGUGUCUCUUAAGAAUCUUGGAGUUUCCUACUUGGAUCUUUAUUUGAUGCAUUGGCCUGAGAGUUCAGCUUUUGGAGAUGCAACUGAUCCUCCUUCGAAGUCUGGGAGUGAGCAUAGGCAGUUUUUGAAUCGGUUGAAGAAGGUAUGGAAGGCCAUGGAAAGCCUAGUCGAAUUGGGUUUGGUUAGAGCUAUUGGUGUCAGCAAUUUCAGUGUUCAUCAGAUCAAAGAGCUGCUUAAAUUUGCAAAAAUCGUUCCUGCAGUUAACCAGGUGGAGUUGCAUCCUUUCUGGAGGCAAGAUGAACUGGUGAAGUUCUGCCAAUUGAAAGGUAUCCAUGUAUCUGCUCACACACCUUUGGGAGUACCUACUUCAAGUCCUGGAGUGUCUGAUAGUGGAUCAGGUGGUGAAGAUGAACCUGGAACUCCUCGCAUUUCAUUUAGGAGGUCUAGAUCGGUACAUGGACCGAUGCUGAAGUUGUCAGUUGUUGGAGAGAUAGCAGAUAGGCACAAGAAGACACCUGAGCAGGUAAUUCUGCGGUGGGGGUUUCAAAGAGGAACGAGUGUUCUACCAUGUAGCCUAAAGCCUGACAGGAUAAAACAAAACAUAGACAUCUUCAAUUGGUCUCUAUCAGAUGAUGAGUGGAAGCGCUUGAAUCAGAUUGAACCCCAGGUAUGUUUGUUCGGAGACGGUCCUCUGAACAACCUCUCAGACAGAGGCCUCAUGUUUGGUAGUGGCCCCCUUCAAGCUGUGCGCGAAAUGGAAGAUGACGCGGAAUCCAACGCCUAAUACAUGUGAGCCAUGAUGUUUUUAAGAUAAAUGCCCCCAUUUUUAUGUUUCAACAAUGUCAUUGCAGGGUUAUAAUAUUUGCUGAUGCCACCCCUCCAUUGUCUGCAAUGGCUUUGAAUUCGUGGAUGAUGAAUAGAAAGUCAAAGGAAGACAUUAUUAUUUGAUUGUAGUGGCAACGUUUUUCUUUAUGAACCAAAAGGGUGUUCCAUAUAUUUCUGCAAGCGUGUUUUGUAUGUAACAUCAUGAAAUGUCAAUUAUCAAAUGAAAAUUGUAACUUCUGUUAUAGUGAUUGCGCACAAACUUGGUUAUGGUUUGCACGUAAACUGUAGUUUGUGGUGGCCAUGGUUGAAUUACAAGCUACUUAUCAAGAUAAUCUAAUUUAUUUAUGAUUUUGGUGGGA